GGGCGAAAAUCUCAUGCACAUCAUUCGACUUCGACAAUUUAUAAGCGAACAUUAUUGCUUUCUUGUGUUUUUAAAUUUUCUAACUUUUGGUUAGAAAAUAAUGACAUUUGGUACGAUGAACGCCCAACAAGCUCAUAAGGAACAUGUUUUGGCAGUUUCGAGGGAUUUUAUUUCGCAGCCGAGACUUACAUAUAAAACAGUUUCUGGUGUUAAUGGCCCAUUGGUAAUUUUGGAUGAAGUAAAAUUUCCCAAAUAUGCUGAAAUUGUUCAACUGAGACUUCAUGAUGGUACUCUUAGAUCUGGACAAGUGCUUGAGGUUUCUGGUUCCAAAGCUGUGGUUCAGGUAUUCGAAGGUACAUCGGGUAUUGAUGCUAAACAUACUCUUUGCGAAUUUACUGGAGAUAUUUUACGUACACCCGUUUCUGAAGAUAUGUUGGGUCGUGUUUUCAAUGGCAGUGGAAAACCUAUAGAUAAAGGACCUCCAAUUUUGGCCGAAGAUUAUUUAGAUAUUCAAGGUCAACCUAUUAAUCCUUACUCAAGAACAUAUCCUCAAGAAAUGAUCCAAACUGGUAUUUCAGCUAUUGAUAUUAUGAAUUCUAUUGCUCGUGGACAAAAGAUUCCAAUCUUUUCAGCUGCAGGUUUACCACACAAUGAGAUUGCUGCUCAAAUCUGUAGACAAGCUGGUCUUGUAAAACAACCUGGAAAAUCAGUUCUAGAUGAUCACGAAGAUAAUUUUGCCAUAGUAUUUGCUGCUAUGGGUGUUAAUAUGGAAACUGCCAGAUUCUUUAAACAAGAUUUUGAGGAAAAUGGUUCAAUGGAGAAUGUUUGUUUAUUCUUGAAUUUGGCUAAUGAUCCUACUAUUGAACGUAUUAUUACGCCUCGACUUGCUUUGACUGCAGCUGAAUUUUUAGCUUAUCAGUGCGAAAAACAUGUGUUGGUUAUAUUAACUGAUAUGAGUUCUUAUGCUGAAGCUUUGCGAGAAGUUUCUGCUGCUCGAGAAGAAGUACCUGGACGUCGUGGUUUCCCUGGUUACAUGUACACUGAUUUGGCUACAAUUUAUGAAAGAGCUGGUCGAGUAGAAGGCAGAAACGGUUCUAUUACUCAAAUACCUAUUUUAACUAUGCCUAAUGAUGAUAUUACUCAUCCAAUUCCUGACUUAACUGGAUACAUUACUGAGGGUCAAAUAUAUGUUGAUCGUCAAUUACAUAACCGUCAGAUAUACCCACCAAUUAAUGUGUUGCCAUCUUUAAGCAGAUUGAUGAAAUCAGCCAUUGGUGAAGGAAUGACUCGUAAAGAUCACUCAGAUGUAUCAAAUCAAUUGUAUGCAUGCUAUGCAAUUGGUAAAGAUGUGCAAGCAAUGAAAGCGGUUGUAGGAGAAGAAGCUUUAACACCUGAUGAUCUUCUUUAUCUUGAAUUUUUAACUAAAUUUGAAAAAAAUUUCAUUACACAAGGUAAUUAUGAAAACCGUACAGUAUUUGAAUCUUUGGAUAUUGGAUGGCAGUUAUUACGUAUUUUCCCUAAGGAAAUGUUGAAGAGAGUUCCAGCAUCUACACUAGCCGAAUUUUACCCAAGAGACUCCCGUCCAAAAUAAACUUCUAUAUGAAUAUUAUAAACUAUUAAUUAUCAAAAAUCCUGUAUGUUCAUUCGUCAUUGGUUCAUCUUGUACAUUCCAUUAUGAAUAAAAAAAUAAUUACCUUA